AUGGAUAAGGAGAACCAAACAGAGCAGCAGCAGCAGCAGCAAAGAAGAGAAGACGAAGGAGAAGGGGAAGAAGAAUGGAGUGGUGCCUUUGAUCCGUUUGCUGACCCAGAGGAGCGGAGGGUUCUGUUUGCCUCUCUGGACUCCUUCAGACGGCGGCAGUCGUUCUACGCUCUACCCUCGCUGCACUGGAAAACCCUUGCCGCGCCACCCUUUAACCUGCUCGAGACAUUCAACAAGGUGGACGACGCCAUUGAUGCCAAUGCGGAGGUAGCUGAGGCCAUUCUCGACUCUGCCCUGGAGGCAUUUCAGCUUCCCCGGCACCCCCAGGCUGAGGACACCGCAAAGGAAGGUCAUGGCAGAGAUGUAUCAUGGCAUGACACAGCUACUUCAUCAGACGUGAGCAAGGCCAACUCUACAAUCCGCCAGCUAUACCGGGACUGGAGUGAGGGGGGUGCGGUAGAAAGAGAGACAUGCUACGGCCCCGUCAUGCGAGACUUGCAAGAUGAGUUUGGAGAGAUGCCUGCGCAGGGCACCAGGGUGUUGAUUCCGGGGGCUGGGCUGGGUAGGCUGGUUUUUGACGUUGCGAUGGCCGGUUUCGAUGCAGAAGGGAAUGAGAUCUCGUACCAUCAGCUGGUGACAAGUAGCUGGGUGCUUAACCGGACAAAACGCAAGGAAGAGUGCGCUAUAUACCCUUUUGUACUGCAUUUUUCGAACCUGCGGACUCGUCAGCAACAGUUCAAGAAGGUCCUUGUACCGGAUGUUCAUCCUGGAUCCGCAGUCAGAGGAUACGAGGCUGACGCUGAAGGCAAGGAAGACAGCCGGAAGGAGACGAAGAAGAUGACGGGAUCGAUGAGCAUGACAGCUGCGGAUUUUCUGUUACUGUACAAUGAGGAGUCGAACAGAGAGGCCUUCCACGCCGUGGCUACGGUGUUUUUCAUUGAUACUGCGCCAAAUCUGAUACGGUACAUCCAGACGGUGCACCACUGUCUACGGCCGGGAGGCAUCUGGAGCAAUGUUGGCCCGCUACUGUGGCAUUUUGAGGAUAGACCAGCUCCGUCUGCUACUGCUGCUGCUGCUGCUGCCGGUGGUGAUGGCGGUAAGGUGACAGAGGAUGCAGCUGCUUCUGCCCAUGCCCCGGGUGACGAUGAUCUCGAGAAGGAGUAUAGCCAUGGUCACAGCCACAACCAUAGCCAUAGCCAUAGCCAUAGCCACCAUGGCCGAGGGCACGGUCAGGGAGAGGGAAUAGCAGACCCUGGAGUCGUAGAACUGUCGCAGGAUGAAGUUCUGGCGCUGAUAGAGAGGAUGGGCUUUGCCGUCGAGAAGGUCGAGGAGGACAUAGGGGGCUGCGGCUACAUCCAGGACCCCGACAGCAUGCUCUUCAACACCUACAAACCGGUGCAUUGGGUUGUUAGAAAGAAAUGA